CCUACUCACCCCCCUUUUUUUCCUUUUCAUUUUAUUUUGGAUCCUGCUAAAAUUAGCCGGGACUGCUCUGGGUGUUGCGUGUUAAUUUGAUUUACUCCGGGAUUCCGGCUUUCCAAGACGCCAUUUUCCCCCCUUUCUCGCUCUAUCUCGUUCUAUUUAUCCCUCUCUAUCUAUCUUUUAUCUCUCGAGCUAUCUCUCCGUCUGUCUGUCCGUCCAUCUCGCUCUCCCCGGUGCCUUCCUCCUCCCCCCGCCCUCCUCCCUCUGCGCUCUGCGUGCGCUGCGCGGCCGGGCGCUCCCCUCAUCCCCAUCUGACAGAUGAACACCGCCAUGGGUUUGCCGCAACACAAGCAAAAGCACCUUUGGGGGCUGUGGCGAGGGAUUGAAACCGGGAUCUAAAAGAGAAGAGACAAGAAGGGGGGAAAUCCGAAGAGGAGGAGGAGGAGGAGGAAGAAAGAAGAAGAAGAAGAAGAGGAAGAAGAAGAAGAAGAAGAAGAAGAAGAGGAAGCUACUAAGAAGACCCCGCUGCCGUUUUGGGGAUAUGGUGGCACAUUUGGUCUCUUCUGAGCAUCUUGCAGCCUCUGGGUGACGGGGACAUUGAAUUUGGUGGACAGUUGCCAUUCACUCCCUGGGAUCAUAUCUGCCCUUGCUUCCCUCAUCCCCUCCCAUACUCCCCUUCCCUCCAACAGAACUCCAGGGAGUUGUGGUAUUGCCAUGGAGCCCAGAGAGACUUUGAGCAGCUCCAGGCAAAGGGGAGGUGAAGCAGACUUUCUGCCAGCUGCUGUCACCUCUACGAAGCCUUCGCCUGUCUCGGGCUGUGCAGGGGAGACGAUGCUGUCUUCGUCAGGCGCGGGGAAAGGGAUCCCGGUGAGCAGCGAGAGGCUGGAGCCUGAGGAAGAGGAUGAGCUGGGUUCUGGAAGAGACGUGGAUUCUACUUCCAAUGCAGACAGUGAGAAAUGGGUGGCAGGAGACGGCCUGGAGGAGCAGGAGUUUUCCAUCAAGGAGGCUAACUUCACGGAGGGGAGUUUAAAACUAAAGAUCCAGACCACCAAGAGAGCAAAGAAGCCCCCAAAGAACUUGGAGAACUAUAUUUGCCCUCCUGAGAUCAAAAUCACCAUCAAGCAGUCUGGGGAGCAGAAGCUUUCCAGAACGGGGAAAAAUAGCAAAACAGCUAAAGAGGAGGACAGAUCACACUCCAAAAAGAAGGGAAAAGUCAUUGGAGAUGCAAAACUGCUUAUGAGUUGUGGUUGCAGAAAAGGGAAAAGUUCUCAAGUGAAAGACUCAGAUCAGAGUCAGAUGAAGAAUUUGGGAAGAGAGUGUGGGUUCCCUGUGCAGAGUCCAGUGACAAAAUCUGUGAACAAGGUUUAUGACAGGCCACAAAAGCAUUCUGCUCUGCAUUAUGAUCCAGGCCUCCAGCAAGACUUCACCAGUGACACCUUAAAAUCAAAGCACCAGCAGAAAAGUAGCAACCAGCACCACAUCGACUGGUCAGCGAGCUCCGACACCGGACCCACUUCUCAGAGCUGCUUCAUCAACACAGAGCCCAGUAGAGAAGCAAUUAGUAUCACCAAGGUCUCUGCUCUGGAGCCAGGAGUUUCCUACAGCAAAUCCCAGUCCAAGAAGUCCUGCAGCAGCAGCAGCAGCAGCAGCAGCAGCAGCAGCAGCAGCACGUGGGGGCAGCUGUCAGUCAGUAGUAAGGAGCUGGCGAUUUGCAGCGCAGUCCCAUCGCCCAGCAGCAUCAGCACGGCCACCCAGCCGAGCAGUGCCUCUGAGUGCAAUGGGCUUUUGCCUCUUGGAGAUCAAGAGGGAGGUGUGCAGCUGGAGGUCCCCGAUCAGCCCGCUGCAAGUACGAAGAAGAAGUCCAGCAAAAAGGACUUGAUGAGCCAAACCAUCCAAACCACAGAUAUUGAGUGGGUAAAGAGUGCUCAGAAAGCAUUUGACAGCAAAUCCCAUGACAGCAUGGAAGGGAAAAAGGAGUCUUACUCGAUGGACAGCAUGUUGGAUACAUCACCCUUGAAGCAGAAUCCCAUUUCUGCCAGCAGUUGUGAAAGUGACACCAAUCACGUACGAAUUACUAUCCCAAUAAAGUCUCCGACAACAGAUGCAUCUGGCCACAAAAGGAAAAAGAGGCAAUCCAUGAAAUCCUCCAUAGAGAAAACUAUCCAGGAGAAAAGCCUGCCCUCCGUGCUUGCUUUGAGCAGUGAAAUGGCAAACAGGACCACCAGCUCUCAGUCAGAGGGGAGUAAAAAAGAUCUUCGAGCUACAAAGCCAGGGAAAGUGAUUGAAAAUGAGUCCCCCUUAGCAGCUAUUGACAGUGGUGUGUUCACGGACAAAGCGUCCCCAAACAGUGCCGUCCGACUUAGAAAACCUCUACCUGUGACAUCCACUCUCCUACCCAGCAAUCUUUCCACAGCUGGCAAAUUACCUGACGUCCAGCACCCCAAACAUGCAGCUAAGCGUCGGUGGACCUGCAGCAAACCUAAAUCUAUUCUUCGGGAGACCUCCCUGACGACAUCUGAGAAGCUGAUGGUGGAGCCUCCUUCAGCCUAUCCCAUCACACCAUCCAGCCCUCUGUAUACCAACACAGACAGUCUUACUGUGAUCACACCUGUCAAGAAAAAAAGAGGACGACCAAAGAAACAGCCUUUGCUCACUGUUGAAACCAUUCAUGAGGGGACCUCCACCAGCCCAGUGAGUCCAAUCAGUCGUGAAUUUCCAGGAACAAAGAAAAGGAAGAGAAGAAGGAAUCUGGCCAAGUUUGCCCAGAUGGUUCCAGGAGAGGACAAGUCCAUCAGUGAACUCAAAUUUCACAAAAAGGUGGGGAAACUUGGGGUUUUGGAUAAGAAGACCAUCAAGACCAUUAAUAAAAUGAAAACCCUCAAGAGGAAGAACAUUCUCAAUCAGAUCUUGUCCUCCUGCUCGAGCAGCAUAGCUCUGAAAGCAAAAGUCCAGCCACCAUCUAGUGCUGGGCCAACCACCAUUGAUGCAAGGCUAGGGAAGCAGAUCAAUGUCAGCAAGAGGGGGACUAUCUACAUUGGUAAAAAACGGGGCAGAAAGCCAAGGGCAGAGCUGCAGCCUCAGCCAGAAGAACCUAAGACAGCCAUCAAGCACUCAAGGCCUGUUUCCAGCCAGCCAGAAAACCCAGCAGUGCCUUCCAACCUGCAGUCACUUGUGGCAUCGUCACCAGCAGCUAUUCAUCCGCUUUCAACACAAUUAGUGGGGAUCAACGGCAACCUCAGCCCUGCAAGCACUGAAACUAAUUUUUCAGAGUUAAAAACUAUGCCAAAUCUUCAACCUAUCAGUGCUCUUCCUACAAAAACCCAGAAAGGAAUGCACAGUGGAACUUGGAAGCUGUCUCCACCCAGGCUAAUGGCUAAUUCACCUUCUCACCUCUGUGAAAUAGGUUCUCUGAAGGAAGUCACGCUGUCGCCAGUGAGCGAGUCUCACAGUGAGGAAACCAUACCGAGCGACAGUGGGAUAGGUACAGACAACAACAGCACCUCUGACCAAGCCGAGAAAAGCUCAGAAUCCCGCCGGAGAUACUCCUUUGAUUUCUGCACCCUGGACAAUCCAGAGGCUAUCCCAUCUGACACCAGCACAAAGAACAGGCAUGGUCACCGGCAGAAGCAUCUCAUUGUGGAUAACUUUCUCUCUCACGAAAGUAUUAAAAAGCCAAAGCACAAGAGGAAAAGGAAAAGCCUGCAGAACAGAGAUGACCUCCAGUUUCUGGCAGACCUUGAGGAACUCAUCAAUAAGUUUCAAGUGUUCAGGAUUUCCCAUAGAAGUUAUACAUUUUAUCAUGAAAAUCCAUAUCCCAGCAUCUUCAGGAUUAAUUUUGAUCACUACUACCCUGUGCCAUAUAUCCAGUAUGACCCAUUACUCUAUCUUCGUAGGACCUCUGAUAUGAAGUCUAAGAAGAAGCGUGGUAGACCUGCCAAAACCAAUGACACCAUGACAAAGGUGCCUUUUUUACAAGGGUUCGGUUACCCUAUUCCCAGUGGGAGUUACUAUGCACCCUAUGGAAUGCCUUACACAUCAAUGCCUAUGAUGAAUCUUGGUUACUACGGUCAGUAUCCAGCUCCUUUGUACCUGUCUCACACGCUUGGAGCGGCUUCCCCAUUUAUGAGACCUACCGUGCCCCCACCCCAGUUCCAUGCAAGCUCUCAUAUGAAGAUGUCCACCACUGCCAAACACAAAGCAAAACACGGAGUGCACCUACAAACCCCUGUGGGAAUGGGCCUUGGAGACAUGCAGUCCUCUUUGGCUCCUCCGAAGGUUGGAGGAACAAGCCUUUCAAGUGGCCGACUUCACAAAAGGAAACACAAACAUAAGCACAAGCAUAAGGAUGAGCGGAUAUUGGGGACUCACGAAGAUCUGAGUGGUCUCUUUGCUGGCAAGUCCACUGGCUUCUCCAGCCACGCCAUCAACGAGAGGCUGAGUGGCUCAGACAAAGACCUGUCCUUGCUCAACGAGAAGAGCAAGCAUAAGGAGAAGCAGAAGCACCAGCAUUGUGAAACCGGGCACAAAGGCUCAAAGAGUAACUUUGAAGUGGAUACGCUGUCUACGCUAUCACUUUCUGAUGCCCAGCAGUGGACACAGAGUAAAGAUAAAAGUGACUCAAGCAGUGAUCCCAUUGACUCUUGCACAAAGAGAUACUCUGGUAAUACUGAGAGUAAUGGAAGGUCAGAGUCCCUGGACAUGUUUGGUGAAAUGAAUUCCUCAAGUGAGAAGCGGGACAAUGAUGCAAGUGGGAAUAAAAGAAGAAGCUUUGAAGGCUUUGGAACUUACAGGGAAAAGGACAUUCAGCCCUUCAAGACAAAUAGGAAGGACAGAAGUACUUUUGAUUCUUCAGCCUCUUCAGGAAUUGCAGGUCCCCACUUAAAAGCAGACCAGACUUCACUUCAUGGUAAAAUGGAAAGUUCUGCCUGUAAUGUGAUGACCAGAAGGAAACCAGCAGCUGUUGACAGUGUUGCAAUGCCAAGUCCAGUAUUAUCUCUCCUACCUUCAUCAUCAGCAACAUCUGAAGCAGCCAGCUCACCACUGAAGAAAAGGUUCAAGCGCCGUGAAAUUGAAGCAAUCCAGUGCGAGGUGCGCAAGAUGUGCAACUACACCAAGAUCCUGUCCACAAAGAAGAACCUGGAUCAUGUGAACAAGAUCCUGAAAGCCAAGCGGCUGCAGAGACAAUCAAAGACAGGCAAUAACUUCGUGAAGAAGAGGAGGGGGCGUCCUCGGAAGCAACCCCUUUCCUUUGACGAAGACUCCAGAGACCAAAUGCCCGUUCUGGAAAAAUGCGUUGACCUUCCGAGCAAAAGAGGUCAGAGACCAACACUCAACCCUUUAGUAUUGGAGCAAGCAGCCACCCAAGAUACAAUCAUGGCCACCAUCGAGGCUGUCAUACACAUGGCUCGAGAGACGCCACCGCUGCCGCCUCCUCUGCCUCCUCCACCCCCUCCACUCCCUCUCCCUCUACCCCGGGCACCCCGGGUUGGAAAAAGGAAGAACAAGUCCCCGCAGGAGGAAGAGGAGGACGUGAAAGUGAAGCGGCACCGGAAAGGCAGAGGGAGCGAAAGCGAAGGCCUUCCCUAAGGCCAGUGCACCUCGUCAGAUGCUGGGUGCCCGCAGUGGAGCACGCCAGGACUGGGGGACAGGAGGUGCACAGUCCGCCUCACCCCUUUGGCAGCACCAGACUGACCUGUCCCUUCAGCAGCCAGAACUCAUUGCAGAGACCUGUGCCAGCUGGGGCUCGCAUCUUUCCUCUUCAUCGCUUUGACCCAAGCCACCCCCUCAGAAAAGAGGGGGGAAAGGCGCGGGAAAAGUGGGGGAUACAGGGGAGGAGGAUGUGUGUCAAAGCUGGAAAAAGCAUGAACUCUGCCGAGUAUCCAAAACUAAUCUGAAUCUCAGCAUUGCUGUUCUCAUACCGUACCCAGAGGCGGGAAGUCAUCCUCGCAGAGAGCUGAACGUUGUCACUAAGGGUGCAUGCUCAACUCUGAUUCUGUUUGGUGGGCCAGGUGAAACUAAGAGUAACUUUAUGAUAAAUAAAUCACUGAAAAAUAAAGAAAAAAAAAAAAAAGGAACAAAGAAACAAAGAAAGAAACAAAGAAGAAAAACACCCAACAAAAAAUAAUGUAAUUUUCUCAACUGUGAUAUUGGUAUAACCUAUUUGAUUUUUUUUUUCCAGUUUUAUAUACCUACCAGGCUUUGGGACAGCAUAGGCCAAAAUGCCUGGCUCCUGCUAGAACUAUAUAUUUCUUUCUCAUUUACUUGCCUAGUUACAACUAGCUGCAAUAUAGGCAAUAGAAAAUUAGAGCCUUACACGCGUGCACACUCGUUCCGAGUGCUAUCCCAAGAAAUGAUGGAAUAUCACAGCAUUUAAAAUAAGGUAUACACGGAUAUUCGGUUACAAUAGCAUGUUUAUAUGAAGCAACUUGGCAAUGGCAUGUGAAAAAAGGGGUCAUCCAUCAGCCAAGUUGUUUUGAUGCUCGGUACAUAUGAGUAGAGAACAGCAAGACACUUCUGGGGAAUAGUUAUAGUAAACAUGGAAAA